CUUUUGAGUCAAAAGUCUUGACUGGUUGAUGAUUUAAGGGUCUAGUUUUCGGUGAACCUUUUGUACCUUUUUGUAUCACCUUAAGUAAUCAACUUAAUUUGUUAGAUAUUAUCAAAAUGAUUAAACAUCCAUCAAUCGGGAUGUCAACUCUCCUUCAAUCCAUUUUGGUCAAAACCUUGGGAGUAACAACCUUUCAGCUCCAAGAAAAAGAGCCUUACAAUCAGCUACUUGUGAAUGGAGAUAUCGCUGGUUACAUGAGUAUCAUUGAGUCAACAUUCAUGGACCUGGUUAGUGAAUUUUCCACUGCUGCCAAUUCAUCUGAUUCUUCAGCUGCUUUGGAAGUUUACACCAAGUAUACCAGUGCGACUGAGAUGAAUGGCUCAGGCCACCAUUCAAAAUCUCAAUUCUCAUCUUCAACUAAUUCAGAUUCAAGAUAUUCAAAAGAGAUUAACGAAAGUAAAAAUGCUGGAACUCUAUUGUUGCGAUUUCUAAUGGAAUCUUAUCAGAGAUCAGUUACAAUGGAAAAAAAUUCUCUCUCUCCCACAUCCAGUUCAAAGCAAUUAAUUUCUGAAAUUCGUGGACAGUGUGUCAAUUUUUCUAUUCUUUUGUUAACUAAUACCUUUUCACCUUCAUUUGAUUGUGGUAAUCAAACCACUUCCCUUCUAACUCCAUUUAUCUUGCACACCAGUUGGCCUACCGAUUUUAUUUUCGAUCUCGCCUCAACUGUCUACAAUGAGGAUAAUGUUGAAGGUAAUUUCGCCUUCAUCUUUCAGCCUAUUCUUUUCAAUCUAUGGCAAAUGAUGUUACAGUUUUGUAGUAUCACUUACGAGGAUCGAUAUAAACUGUCCCUUCAUGCAUUAACAGAAUUAUGUGAUAUUAAGAUUGCAUCGAUUAGACCAAUUUGUAGUUUGUUGACAAGAAUGGAGCAUUGGUUACCUGAGUCUCUUACCAAUGCACCAGGUCGUGAAUUCUCAAGAAUAUCGUUUAUGGCUCCUUUUCUCCGUUUAUCAGUGUUUGCUGAAGAUGAUCCUCGAAUUGUUGAGAGAUUUUAUGGUGAAAGCACAUUAAAACCCGAUGCCAUCAAAUCGAUCAAUGGCUACUUACAAAAUCAAUUGGAAUUCAUUCGUAAAGAAUUGUAUAAUAUAUUCUAUGGUAUUUUAGUCAACCGUUCAAGUCGUGACGGUGCCAUGAAUUACUUAUCAGAGGCUUUGAAGAGAAACGAGAAAAAGGCUCAAAUGCAAGCUACUGAGAAGAAUCUCUCACCGGAUGGGUUUAUGCUCAAUUUACUCUCUGUUUUACAAUUACUAUCAGUGAAAUUAAAAUUGGACAGGAUUGAUUUACAUUAUCCUUACCUUUCAUCAAGUCGGGUAGUAAUUAAAGCCGAUGAAACAAGAUUGAAGAUUUCACCAGCAGAAGCUGAUAAGUGGCAGAAACAAUUCGCCUCUGAACAAAAUGGAACCUCAUCAGGUGAACCUAAAUUUAUCACUGAAUGUUUCUUCUUGACUUUAGUCUGCCACCAUUUAAGUAUAAUCCCUUGCAUUCGUCGAUAUACUCAACGUAAGCGAGCAAUCAAUGAUUAUAAUAGGAUGGCAGAUGAAUUACAAUCAGUUGAAGCGAGUUGGGCAAAUGAUCCGAUCAAUGCGAGGAGACAUAAACUUACUAUCAAACGUUGGCGUGAACAAGUUCGUCGUCUUGUCAGAGCUAAAUAUUGUGCUGAAGCAGCGAUUUUAGAUCAACAAUUGUUAAGUCGAUGUUUGUCUUUCUACACAAUGGCAAUGAAUUUCCUUUUGAAGAGUGUAGGAUAUGAUGCGAGUCAUGAUUUCAAUCUUCCUUUGCCCAAUCAAGUACCUGAGGUGUUUGCUGCUUAUCCCGAAUGGUACAUAGAUGAUAUAGCUGAUUUCCUACUUUUCACUAUCCAGCAUGUGCCUCAUGUUAUCGAGUCUGAUCCAGGAGGAGAUGAUAUUGCCUUGUUCAUCAUUGUCUUCAUCUGCUCAUCUAAUUAUGUAGCUAAUCCAUACCUGAUUGCGAAACUUAUCCAAGUGAUUUUUGUAUCAAGUCCACAACUCCAUCCAAUGUCUGGAGGUUUUCAUGAACGAAUCCUUUCUCAUCCAUUAUCAAAAACUCAUCUCGCUCGAGCUUUAAUGAAGUUUUAUGUUGAUGUUGAGAGAACCGGUGCUUCCACUGAAUUCUAUGACAAAUUCCAAAUUCGCUAUCAUAUAAGUGUUAUCUUUAGAUCUCUUUGGAAAAAUAUUUACCAUAAACAAGCAGUUAUCGAAGAGUCAGAAAGUGGUAACCAAUUCAUUCGCUUUGUUAAUAUGCUCAUUAACGAUACAACUUACCUACUAGAUGAAAGUUUAGAGUCACUAAAAAGGAUUCAUGAGGUACAAGAAGCCAUAGAGAAUAGGGAAGAAUGGGCUAAACAGCCUCAAGAAAUUCAACAAUCAAGACAAAGAUCAUUACUAAAUGACGAAAGACAAUGUCAAUCAUAUUUAACUUUAGCGAGUGAAACUAUGGAUAUGUUUCACAAUUUGACUGAGACAAUUCGAGAGCCUUUUUAUAAGCCUGAAAUAAUUGAUCGUCUAGCUGCAAUGUUAAAUUACAAUUUACAACAAUUAUGUGGACCCAAGUGCAAAAAUCUGAAAGUCAAAAACCCUGAUAGAUAUGGAUGGUCACCUAAAAAAGUUUUGAAUCAAAUCACUGAUAUUUAUUUACACUUAGACUCUGAAAAGUUUUGUGAGGCCAUUGCAGCUGAUGAAAGAUCUUACAGCAAAGCUUUAUUCGAAGAUGCAAUACUUAUGAAGAAGGCGAUGAUUAAGACUGAACCUCAAAUCUACAAAUUCCAUGAGAUGGCCAAGAUGGUGGAGAAAAUGAGAGAAACAAAUGUUAAUAUGGAUUAUAGUGAUGCUCCUGAAGAGUUCAAAGAUGCUCUUAUGGACACCAUGGAUGAACCCGUCAUCCUACCAAGUGGAAAAAUUGUCGACCGAUCAGUUAUCAUUCGUCACUUGCUCAAUUCAAAUACUGACCCAUUUAAUCGUCAAACAUUAACCGAAGACAUGCUUGUAAUAGAUACCGAUUUAAAAGCUCGCAUUGAAGAAUGGAAGAAAUUGAAACAACAGUCUUUCAAAGAGUCUCAAAGUAGCCCAAGAUUGGAAUAGUCGCCUCGAUUCACUACCAAACAGAAUUAAAACCCAAGAAACUAAAUCAACUUUAAUUCUUAGGAAAUGUCGACACGAGUAACUUUCUUGGCAACUGAUCACUUGUGAAGAGAAUGAGAAGAAAAUUAACGAAACAAGUGCAUAUUGUCUGAACCUAUUUCCAUUCAAACUGUUGAAAUUCAAAGAACAAAAUAUAUUUUGUAAAUUCACAAACUCAUCUAGUUGAUUAUUGACCCGAAAACCACAACAGAAUUCGAAAGGAUAAAGAAUCAAAAAUUGUAGAUCGCGCUCAAGUUACUCUCAAUUUAGAGAACCAAUGAAGUUGCUCACAUUUUGUUUCCUUUCAACUUUUCUACUGACAAACUUGAGUUAUUUUCAUUUUGUUCUUUCUGAAUACAUUUUGUCAUGAGAA